AUGCCCCACGCUCGAAAUAGGAACCCUAGCCCCAUCCCAGAGGUAACAUGGGACACGGGAUUGAAGGAGAUGAACGAGACCUGGAAAGGAGCUAUAGCCUGUCUCGGGGUGGCCGUCUUCUUUGUAAUGACCAUCGGGAUCAUUUACUGGCAAGUGGUGGACCAGCCCAACAAGAACUGGAUCCUCAGGGGCACUUUUAGCGGACUGAUCUGGGAGAGGAGAACCCACUCGCUGGUCAUACAGACCCUGACGGAGGACAAGACCUACGUGGAAAUUGACGUCGGGAACGUGGGGAACCCCGACAUCGAGGUUCCCUUCGUGAGGAACCUGUGCUGGCUUAAUAAAACCGAGUUCUGCUAUACGUGGGACUCGGUGGCCGAGGUGAAGAUCUCGCUGGAGGUGAAUGAGGAUACGGAGACGGAGUGCUACAGUAUGACUUGGGCGCCGGUGCACUGUCAUGUGGAGCUGAAGGACUGCUUCUCCAUGACCAACGUGUCCUGGUACGGCGGUGCCAGCGUCCGCGGUCAGACGUGGCCCAUCAACGAUCAGAACGCCACCAUGCAGCCCUUCGUCGUCAGCGACCUGAAGGACAAUCCCUCCGGCUUCGGCUCGGCCCUGGAGCGCUACUUCCUGGGCUCGUCAGGUGUUGCGGUGCUCGUAUCCCCUGAUAUUCCCCUGCAGCUCGGCGUGGACAGCAGACAGCAGUUCUGCCUGCAGUCGCUGCCCAGUAUGGAGCGUCUGCCGCUGCAGUACACCGUGUGUGUGGCCCGCGACGUGAAGGCCGCGCACCAGGAAGCGCUGCAGCAACUCUCCGAGCACAGCAGGGAGCUGCCCAACACGAAGGCGCUGUGGCUGCCGUUCUGGAAGCUGCUCGCCAACGUGGAUUCGGGGCCGAAGGUGGAGAGGGAGCUGAGGACCUUCUCUAAUCGUCUGAGGAGACACCAGCUCGGGGAGGGAGUCAUCAGCCUCAACGAACAUUCCACCACCCUCCUCUCUGAUAUGGACCACGACUACCUCAACAGCAGGAGAAGGGGGAUGUCCAAGAGACUGACCAGGGACCUCCCACUUGUCAAGCUUCUUAACAUUUCCAUCACCCUGUCCCCUUUCCUGGGCGUGGACACCACGCAGUUCCACACCUCCCUCGUCGACGGCACCGAGGCCUACUGGCUCAGCCUCCCCUCGGCCUCCCAGGGACAGCUGAUCCCUGUGAUGAGUCAGUGGCGAGGAAAGUUCUGUGUCAAGCUGAACAUCACAAACCCGGGAGCGGUGAGCUGGUUCCUGGACAGGGUGGGAUCCCUGCAGGCCCACUUAGGAAUGGAGUACGUCAUGCUGGAGGGCGGUGAGGGGAAUCUGUUCGAGGAGCAGGCCCUGCGGCCUCCGCAGGUUCUGGGUGGAGACAAGUACAUCACCCACCUGGCUGAUGUGGCCACCAGGAUCGGAGACUCCACCAUCAUGACAGCAGGGACCCGGUCGAGCCACAAGCCGCUGUUUGUGAGGAUGACCCCCCUGCAGUCCGACUGGAGCCCGAUGGGCCUGAGGGCCGUCAUUCCCUCCCUGCUGCACCACACUCUGCUGGGAUACAACUUCCUCAUUCCUGAUGCAGUAGGUGGUUCUCUAUCUGGAGACCUGGUGACAGAUGAGGAGCUGUUCAUUCGUUGGCUGGAGAUCGCAGCCUUCCUCCCCGUCAUCAGCUUCCACACGCCGCCGUGGGUCUGCGGAGAGGACCAGGUGCUAAACCUAACUCGGACCUACAUCGCGAGGCACCAGAGGGACGUGGUACCGCUGAUAGAAAAGUAUGCGGAGGAGUGGCAGAUGACGGGAAACCCCAUCUACCGGCCGAUGUGGUGGCUCAGCCCCAGUGACCCCGUGACCUUCACCAUCGAUGACCAGUUCCUCAUCGGAGACGAGGUCCUGGUGGCACCGGUGGUGGAGAAGGGCGCCGUGCAGCGGGAUAUUUAUUUACCUGACGGGGGUUUCCAGUGGCAGGACAGCCAGAACGCGCAGGUGUUCGACGGGGGGACGUUUCUACAGGAUUACCCCGUGCCUUUGGAGGAGGUGGCAGUUUUCUUACGGAGAAGCUGAGUCACGUGACUGAUCCACGGAGUCACGUGACUGAUCCACGGAGUCACAUGACUGAUCCACGGAGUCACAUGACUGAUCCUGUUACUGUUUGGAAUCAAAUUCUUUAAAAAAAACAAACAAAAACAAACUUGUGCUGUUCUCAAGUUGCACUUUUCCACUAAAGACCAUUGAACCCGUCUCAAGGUUCUGCUUUGAGACGACAUGUAGAAAGAUGUUUUUUUUUAUACUUGCACUUUACAGUUCAAAUUUUGUUUUUGUUAUUUUACCUUUUGUGACAUUUUCUUCUUCCUUUUUUUCUAAAAAAAAAAACGAACAAAAAAAAAGUUAAUCGGUGGUUUUACCUCUUGGCUGAUUUGUUUCCGGACUUUUUCAUCCGUUCUGCUUUUUUUUUUUGUAUAGUUCCGGAGAAAUCUGUGUGUUUACAUGCUGCAUUUCUACAGUCUUUAAGUUUUUUUUAGUCGCUGCUGGCUCUCUUGAUAAGGAGGAACAAAGCAAGCCUCUUGUUUGCUUACAAGAAUCUGAAUCUCUCAAGAAGACCAAAUGAAGAUAUAGAAAGACGGAGGAAGAUGACUGAAAGGGCUUUUUUUUUUUUUCUUUUCUCGAGGAAAAUGCUUACUGGGAGGAAAUUAGAUCACAGAAAGCUGCGUAUGGAGACGGACGCAGCGUCCUGCUCACUCAUUGGAAAGGCUUCUACUUGAACUCAUCAGGCCGGCGGGCUGAUGUUUUUAUGAAUGUACCUCAAGUUAUGGAUCCUCACUGCGUUACGAAGUCAUCUGACACGACAACAACCCACCACCCCAUCGCACAUACUCUCAGACUAGUUGAUCAACAUACCACUGUCGGACACGUCUGAAUGUCCCUUAGUACUGUACACCGGACGAACUUGAGGCCAAGUCACUGUCGUUGUAACUUUGCAUAUAUUUGAAUUUAGACUAGAUUUGACCUUCUUACUAACCUGCUGUAGCGAAGGCUUAUACAUGGGUGGCUCUUCUUUUUGAUUAAUUACUAAAUGACUAAUGAUGUGUUGAUGUGCUCUUUGGUGAGACAUUUUAAAGAAAGCCUUGCUGGCGGAAAAGAGAUUUUAAACGAACCACGUGACAUUCGGGGAAAUAAGCUUAUUCAGAAGCUACUACAAGCAGCCGGUUAGCUGACAUGGGAAACCAGCUAGAUUGGCCCACAGCUAGUAAAUAUAUUCUACAACUCAUUAUUUAUUUCUCAUUCACUUAAAUGUUGGAGUCUGUGACUCUGGUAAACGACUGUUGACGUUUAGCGCUUAGCAUUUUUAGCUAUUUUUUAACCAUCGAUUGAGACGUUAUCAGCCCAUUAAAUGGCCGAUUAUCAGCGCGUCUUAUUCCCUCUAUCUGCUCAGUAAGCUCAUUAUGAUGCAUUCAGGUCAUUAAUAAACCAGCAUCUUGUAGUUGUGUGAAUACGUACAUGCGCUGGACAAAAUGGAGCUCAGUGACAUUUGGUGAACAAGGUGAUCCAUGAAUUAAACCGAGACUGAAUAGAACCAAAUAUCAGAAGAAAAAUGAUGGACGACAGCCAGAAAAUGAGACUUUGUUUAUGGUCUGAGAUGGGACUCAAUCUCAAGUCUCGUGGGUGACUCAUGCCUCCUCCAUCCUUUCCAAACACUAAAUCAGACUUUGUUCCUCCGUAUAUGUAUAAACAGGCUACCGAGUUUCCCCAAAGGUGGCGUCGGUCCUAACCUGCCCAUAUGUGAGGGAAUGAUGUGUGCUGAUAACGUCUAUUGAACAGAGUCACAACAGCCAAACUGGAUCCCAUUGGCCCCUUUUCCCCUUUUCCUGUGUACAAUUACAAAUGUGCUCAAACCUGAGCCACAUCAAUCUAUGCGGGAAACAAACAAACAAAUAGCCGACCAACCAACCGUGAGGACAGAUUUGCUGAAUUUGGCACCAAGUGGACCGAAUUAAAAUCACGUUCAUUAAUCUGUGCGGAAAUACGGAAGCCGAAAGCGGUCAUGGC